AUUAAAUUCGACGAAGGGGACCCACGCGAUCCACAAAACUUUUCUUAUGCGCGGAAGUGGGCCAUCACGCUGACAGGUUGCGUGUUCUCUGGAAUCACGGCGGCGUCAGCGUCAUCUUAUUCGAUCAGUUAUGAGUCGAUGAUGCAUGACCUAAAUUGUACUCAACUUCAGGCGACUAUUGGACUGAGCUUGUACGUAGUAGGUUUUGGCAUUGUCCCUUUGGUUUCUUCGUCAUUCAGUGAGGAGACUGGAAGACGGCCCCUUUACAUUGUGUCGUCCGUAUUGUUUAUGCUCGCUGAAGUUAUGAAUGCAUUGGCACCAAACAUACAAACUGUGAUCGUGUCACGUAUGCUACAAGGAGUCUUUGGCUCAACAGGUGCAUCCUUAGUCGGAGGCUGUAUUGCUGAUAUAUGGCAGCCACAUGAACGUGGAUUGCCGAUGUCUUUGUUUGCAUUCUCGGCGCUAUUCUCUUUUGGCCUCGGGUCAGUGUUUGGGGGGCUUAUAGUUGCCAAUCCACACCUUGGUUGGCGGUGGGUUCAAUGGAUGCAUGCUAUCAUUUCUGGGGUAUAUGUUCUUGAUGUCAUCCUGGUGAUGAGCGAAACUCGUUCAUCCAUUGUUCUAACCCGCAUCGCAAAGGACACACGAAAGAUGACCGGUGACCCCAGGUAUCGGUCUAGGGCCGAAAUCAACAAACCAAGCAUGUUAUCUCUCAUUAAGACGUCGUGUACACGGCCAUUGUAUCUACUCUUGACAGAACCUAUUGUGCAGAGCUUUAGUAUCUGGGUUGGCUUCACUUGGGGGGUCGUGUACUGUUUGCUCGAAUCCGUCACCUCGGAGUUCCAGUCUGUCUACAACUUCAGCAUCAGCGAAACAGGAUUUGCAUUCCUUUGUCUGAGGAAAGUUAUCUUUAUCGGAUCCAUUAUUGGCUUGAUGGUGAAUAUAUACCAGGAUACCUUGUACAAAAAAUACUUUCCGACAAAGGGCCAAGAAGCACGACUAUAUAUGGCGUGUAUCGCUGCUAUUGUCCUGCCCAUCUCAAUGUUUAUCUAUGGAUGGACGGCAUCACCUCACAUUCCUUGGAUAGUGCCUCUGAUCGCAUUAACUGCAUUUAUGGCUGGCGUCUUCGUAAUAUUCCAAGUUGCAUUUUUGUAUCUUGCAGACUGCUAUGGCCCAUAUGCCUCCUCAGCCCAAGCAGGGCAGAGCUUGGCUCGAAAUACUAUGGGAAUGGUCUUCCCGCUCUUCACGCAGCAGAUGUUCGCUGGUAUGACAUAUAAGUGGGGACUGACACUCUGGGCGCUACUAUCGCUGGUGAUGGCGCCAAUUCCGUGGGUCCUUGUCUUCUUUGGUUCAAAGAUCCGCUCGCAUAGUAAAGUCUCUCGCAAAAUUCUCGAAGCUGAGGAACAACAAUUGGACGGCGAGAAAACUGUUGUUCCCAGCCCCACUGAGGAAAGAAGUAUGCAAGUGUAA